CGUUUGCCGUCAUAUUGCCGUCAUUUUGCGGUCAGCUUUUGUCAGGCGCACUGUAAGCAGGCAAAUUGUCAGCACGCGUGCCGACAAAUUGCGGGACAUGUUGAAGUGACAAUUUGCCUGCAAUUUUUCAGUACACUGCGCUGUUUGUUUGCAAUGCAACUUAUCAAAAACAGCGAUGAUGUUGCAAUGCAUUUUGUUGUUCAGAAAUUAAGUAAUUUUUUUAAUACAAUAUCCCGUUUCGGAGCAAGGAUGCAAAGCAGACGCCAUCAUAUUUGGAGAUGUGUCUUCUGCAGCAGUCUACGUUUACUCUAGCACCGCGCAGUAGUACAAAUUGGAGCAGCAGUAGAAGUUUAAAUAAACAUAUUUACAAGAGUUAUAAAACGAAAACUAUGUGUGUAGUGCAGUUAUUAACUCUAGUGCAGUAGUUCUCAUGAGUUUUGUGCAGUUCGGAGUCUUCAAAAACAUAACCAUGACAGGGUCAGUACAAAGUUGUAGCAGUAAUUGAACAUCGGCCAACAGAGCCAUGAACAUGCGGUGGGAAGAGGCUGACCAUAGGAAGCAGCUUUUUGGAAAAAAUAAAAUAGGGAAAUCAAUUAAACUACGUUGGAUCACCUUCAUGUAGUCACUGGAAAAGCAGAAGUUAUCAUCGAGGGUAGCAACAGCAUAGAAGGCCUGUCCAGGCAGCUGUACAGGAAAGCCCAGCCUUAUGCGGGUGAUUGCGAGUGAAAAGCUGACAGUUCAUCAGUCUCCAGCAACAUCAACUGGACGACUCUUAACAUUUCCUUUUUAUUUGCCAUAGAUUCCCAUCGUAUAAAUUUACAGUUUUUGUUUACAAUAUAUUUGUAGUUGCAGGUUCACAAACGGAGAGCAGAUUUAAGAAGCUGACCAUCCAUCGCACUUUCCAAUAACAUCAUCUUGGAGGACUCUCAACUGGAUUGCUAUCUAGCAGGUGUAUUAACAUAAUCAUCGCACGGACGGAGGUUCAUCAGAAGGUUGGAGAGCUUCGGUGCCUUUUAAGGGUUCAAGGGAUGAGCCUCACAGGGAAGGGCGCGGUCGGGGCCCUUUCCAACCACCCCCCAAAAAAAAAAAUUAAUAUAAUUUCUUUGAUUUAUUUCAGGAUUUCCUUUUGCAAUCCAUCCGCAGCCCACUUUCGUACUAGUUAAUCUAUACAUCAGGUUUGCUGUUUACUACUUCAAUAACCUGAUGUCCAUUGGCAAAUAAUUUUAUACUUGUUGUAUUUAAAAAAAAUGUUUUAAUGUUAUAAUAAAAUUAAAAAAUAAAUAAAUUUGUAGAUUUUUGAAUUUGCGCGCCUUUAUUUGUAGAUUUGUAGGUUAGGAACGCUCGCCGAAUGCGCAUCCGCGCUGUCAAAAUGACCGCAAUAUGCCUGCAAUAUGACGGCGUGCACGCCGGCAUUUUGCGCGGCGUACAGCGCCGCGAUCCGCGCGCUCGGCAAUUUGACCGCAACUUGACGUCAAAAAGCCGGGGUAGUUUGCCCGCUCGUGCGCGGCGUGCGCGACGUCAUGUUGCCUUCAAAUUGCUUGCAUUUUGCCUUGCGAUGUUUUCUGGGUAGGUACACGCAGCGCAGCGCAUAUACAUCAGACAGCGCCACUAGCCAUCCCCAUUGUUUGGUUUGAUCGUGUAUUUUAGGUUAUCUUGUCGAUUGCGAAUUUACAGCAAAAACAAAUGGCAGAGGAGAAUAUUCAGGUAAUGAAAGAAAUCGAACUCGAAAUGGCAGGUUAUCUUUCAGAUUCUCAAAGCAACAUUGCUCAGAAAACAUGGGAAAUGGAAAACAAUGUCGAGACAAUUAGCACAAUCGAUGAGAUAUACAGAUAUGACAGGAAAGAGCAACAGGACAUCCUUGCUGCAAAACCAUGGGAGAAAGAUCCACACUUCUUCAAAGAUAUAAAAAUUUCGGCUUUAGCUUUACUGAAAAUGGUUAUGCAUGCACGUUCUGGUGGAACACUUGAAGUGAUGGGUUUGCUUCUUGGAAAAGUAACUGCAAAUACUAUGCUUGUCAUGGAUUCUUUUGCUUUACCCGUGGAAGGAACUGAAACACGUGUAAAUGCACAAGCUCAAGCUUAUGAAUACAUGACAGCGUAUAUCGAUGCUGCCAAGCAGGUUGGAAGGCAGGAGAAUGCUAUUGGUUGGUAUCACAGUCAUCCUGGUUAUGGAUGCUGGCUUUCUGGCAUUGAUGUUUCUACUCAAAUGUUGAACCAGAAUUUCCAAGAACCAUUUGUUGCUAUUGUCAUUGAUCCAGUUAGGACAAUAUCAGCAGGAAAAGUUUGCUUGGGAGCAUUUAGAACGUACCCAAAGGGCUACAAACCAGCAAAUGAAGAACCAUCUGAGUAUCAAACUAUUCCUUUAAAUAAAAUUGAAGAUUUUGGAGUUCAUUGUAAGCAAUACUAUUCCCUUGAAGUGACAUACUUUAAAUCAUCACUGGAUCGAAGGUUACUUGAUUCUUUAUGGAAUAAAUACUGGGUCAAUACUCUGAGUUCUUCUAGUUUGUUAACUAACACUGACUACACAACUGGACAAAUAUUCGACUUAUCUGAUAAAUUGGAACAAUCUGAGCAAGCAUUAGGUCGAGGAUAUGUUCUUGGUGGAGUAGAGCUACAUGAUCGAUGCACUGUAGAUAAACUUGUAAAAGCUACUAGGGACAGUAGCAAAACCACAAUUGAAGUAAUUCAUGGGCUAAUGGCACAAAUUAUUAAGGAUAGACUUUUUAACCAAGUUGGAGUCAAAAAGGAAGAAAUGGAAGAAGCUUCUGCUGAAGAAACAGCGUGAACUUUUGUAAAUUUUUAAAAAAUAAAUAUAAGCCUGUAAUUUAAUAAGUAAAGUUAAUAUCGCGUGUAAUUUUUCUUUCGUAUAAAUAAAACAAAUUUAAGGUA